UCCGGCUUUGGUAGGAACAUUGUAUACUAUCCUUGUUGAGUAAUUGUUGGGUGAAGGGAGGUGGUCUAGCGUAGAAAAAGUCUGUGUCCAGUGGUAAGAAAUAAGUUAUGCUGCAGAUUCUAUAGGUAAUGUAGAAGCUUGAUUUGCUUCCAUGAUGAAAAAUAGUUACUGCCUUUCAUUGUGGCAUCCCUGCAGUUGAUGAUGUUGAUUUUGGAUUGGAAAUGGCUGACAGUGUCAAAACUUUCAUUCAGGAUGUAGCCAGGGGGAUCAAAGAUUCCAUUUGGGGUAUAUGCUCCAUUUUGGAGUUGGAUGCUCGAAUUAAUCAGAAGAGGGAGGAACAGAGGAAGAAGAGAGCAAGCAGUGCGCUGUCGCUUCGAAGAGCACAGACUGAAGAAAAAAAGCCUGAGAAGGAGCCACGGAUAGUAAGCAGAAUCUUCCAGUGCUGUGCUUGGAAUGGUGGAGUGUUCUGGUUGAGUCUUCUUCUCUUUUACCGGAUAUUUAUACCAGUCUUACAGGCCCUCACAGCGAGAGUAAUUGGUGAUCCUUUGCUUCACAGUGGUGUGUGGACCUGGCUAGAGUUUAUUCUGACUUCUGUUUUUAGUGCACUAUGGGUAUUGCCACUGUUUGUACUCAGCAAAAUUGUUAACGCCAUCUGGUUUCAGGACAUAGCAGACUUGGCAUUUGAGGUAUCGGGCAGAAAGCCUCAACCCUUCCCAAGUGUUAGUAAGAUCAUUGCAGACAUGCUCUUCAAUCUUCUGCUGCAGGCAUUCUUCCUGAUUCAGGGAAUGAUAGUGAGUCUUUUCCCAAUCGACCUCAUUGGACAGUUGAUCAGCCUACUUCAUAUGUCUCUGCUCUACUCCCUGUAUUGCUUUGAGUAUCGCUGGUUUAAUAAUGGAAUUGAGAUGCAUCAACGAUUGUCCAACAUUGAGAGAAACUGGCCGUAUUACUUUGGAUUUGGGUUACCACUUGCUUUCCUCACAGCAAUGCCACACUCCUAUAUCAUAAGUGGUUGUCUGUUUUCCAUCCUUUUCCCGCUGUUCAUCAUCAGUGCCAAUGAAGCUCGGACUCCUGCUAAAGUAUAUCACUUUCAGCUCCGACUUUUUUCUUUAGUGGUCUUCCUCAGCAACAGGUUGUUUCAUAAGACAGUUUACCUGCAGUCUGCAUUAACAUUGUCGUCUUCUACAGAAAAGCUGCCCUCGCCUCACCAGUCUCCUGCCAAACAGAGAGGUAUGACUGGACAGUAAACUUUGACCCCGGAGGGGUGGAAGCACUUCAGCUGCUAUGUGCAGAAAGUAUACACUGCACUGAUACAGCAAUUUGCAGGGCAGCAUCUGCCUAAUAGAAGAGAAUCAUUUCAUUCUGGAUUUUGUUGUGCAUGGUGCUGCAGCUGCUUAAGGCAGAUAACUUAAAAAUCUCUCACAUUUGUACUGUCUUUUUUUUUCUUUUUUUUUUUUUUGUAAUUUAAUGGAAUAAUUAUGUGACUGUAGUUUUAUAGAAUGUGUGACAUGUAUGUGCCUGUAUCACUUUUGUAUCUGUAUUUGUGCCAUUGACCUCCUGAGACAUGAGCAUUGCAGAUCUUUUUAUGUAGUGGUACCUGUAGGUCUGUAUUGUUGAGAUGCAAAAAUGGCAAUAUCUUAUGGCCUUUUCAUUCUUCCUCACCAAUGGGUUCAGAUCCAAUCCUUGGAUCCGACUCAGCCGCAUACAGUAGACUUUGGAUCCAGCUCUCAACCUCCUCCUUCUACCCAUAAUACUCUAUUCCAUCCCCAAUAUCUCGGAUCUCAUUUGCAGCCAUUGUGGUUAGAUGCAGGUUCUGCUCUUGAGCUGCAAGUGAUUUUUUUUUUAAUCAACAACUUUUGAAUAAUCCUUCUAUUCAUUUUUUCUCUUUCUGCUGUUCCCGUUUUUACUUCCCUUUUUCCUCCCAUGCAGCAGAGAAGGUACCUUAUGAGCAGCUGAUUUAGGUAUAGCCAUAAGAAGAUAUGCAUGUAUGUGGCUAUGUGAUUUUGUGGAGCCUUUCAAGGCGUCCUUUGUUAAUAACCUGUUUGGCACUUCCUUUUUCGGUCCAUCAGUUAGACGUGCUUACCCACAGCGAACAAGAGGGAAAGACUGUCUGCUAUAGGAAUCAUGUUUUCUACCCCUCAGUCGAUCUUCUAUAGAAAGGUAAGGUAAGAAAAUGUGGUUCCAAAAAUCUCCGGGACCUUUCCAGGAUUUGUACAGGGAUAAGUCCUCCAGAGGCAGAGAAAAUUUUAAAGGUGGAUGUCACCCUAAAGACAGAGGGGUCCCACAGAACCAAAGCUUUAGAGAUUCCUUUUCCAAUAGGCCCUAUCAGCGCUUCAGAAGUACUGCCCAACUGUCCAGCUCUGGAGGCAGUCAGAGGUCAUUUUUCUUUGUAUAUAGAUGCCUGGACAGAUAUCAAAAAAGAUUCACGGGUGCUAAGAAUCCUAUCCAGAGGUUACUACAUACCAUUUUCUUUCCUCCUCUUACUCAAAAGAGGAAACAUCCUCAGCAGCCAUACUUCAGAGUAUACCAUUAAGAUGGUAUCUUCUUCUUUGCCAGGCCAAAUUUUCCAGGCUCAGAAGAAACACUCCAGACCCUCAUCCACAGCGUCUUCCAGGUCUUCUAGGAGUUUGUCAGCGGUGGCUGUGGAUAGGAUGAUGCAGAAAUUUCUCAGGGCUCAGAUCCAGAUGGGGGUCCUACCAGCUCUGUCUGCUCCUGGAUCCAUGAGUGUAUCUGCCAAGUCCAUUCGAUCUCCUUCUCCGAUCCGACCAGUGGUUUUGAAGUCCCAGGAUAUGAGAUCCCCAAGAGCUUUGGCGUCUGAUUCAAGGAAAGUACCUUCCUCGACUCUGACAAUGUCCCUGACCAGUUCUGCUCUGAUAUCCUCAUAUCAGAGCAGGUCUCUGGUCUAGAGGUCAGCACCAGGUCUGGGAGGUUGGGUUCCGUUCCGAUUUUGUCAGCUCCAUCCCUUCCUGUCAGAGUUUGGGCUUUGGACAGCUCAGAUCUGAUUCUCCCUUGAGGCUUGGAUCCAGGGGCAGCCCUGACCUACCUUCCAUGGAGGCUUCAGCUCCGAGGAGGUUUUCCCUGGUCCUUUGGCCUUCAAGGUGGUGGAAAGAGCUUUCUCUCUUCACAGGAAGCUGUCUCAAAUCCUACCAAGCUCUGAGCCAAUCUGGUGUAUCUCACAAGGACAGCCAGUUCUGGGAAGUGUCCAAGACAGUUCCUUUAUAGGAAUCCCCUCCCCCCUUCUUCUGAUACUUCUCCCAAACAUCCCAUGAAGGAGGCUCCUUGGAAGAGAACGUGUAAGAGGAUACACACAGAUUCGCCCAUAGACUGUCUCACAGAAGGCACUGAUUUUUGAUGAGGGAGAAGGAUCCCCCAGAUUGCCACCUGAUGACCCCCAGAUUGCCACCUGAUGACAUCUCCUUUGAAGAUAUCCUUGAGCUCCUCAAACAGAAGGGUGGCUGAUCUUCCCAGUCACCUUCUCCUGAAGAAUCAGUGUUUCUGGAGGUUUUUGGUUCUGGACCAUUCUCAUCUUGGAUGAUCCCUAGCAGAUGAACUGAUUAACUUGGUCUCCCGCCAGGCUUGGAAGGAACCGGACACUGUUGACCCUAUUCCCAAGCAUCCAAGAGGUCCCACCUGACCACAUAGGAUUCAGAACUUACUUUUUUUUUUUUAGUGCCGAAGAAAACAGGGGACCUAAGACCCAUUCUAGAUCAAAGCAAGUUGAACCAAUAUGUAAAGAAGACUACGUUCUGCAUGGUCACAGUUCAGUCUAUCAUGCCUCUUCUGCACAAGGACAAUUGGAUGUGCUUUAUAGAUCUCCAGGAUGGGUAUUAUCACAUAAAAACAGACAAGUGAUCCAGGAGACAUCUACACUUUGGCUGGGAGCCAAUCAUUACCAAUUCUGAGCACUGCCAUUUGGACUCACCACAAUCCCCAAGGUGUUUACCAAAUGCAUGGCAGUCAUGGCAUUUCACUUGAGACUCAAGGGAUUCCAAGUAUUUCCAUAUCUUGACAACUGGCUCCUCACCUUCCCAUCCAAGCAUAAAUUUUUGCAAGCCAGGACUACUUGCUCCAGGUUUCCAACACUUUAGGCAUCUCAGUAAACCAUGCCAAAUCAAACUUAGUCCUGGUACAGACCCUGGAAUUCAUAGGGACUCUCUUGAAUACUACAACUCUGGUGACUUCCUUAUCUCUCCAUCGCAUCUUUGAGACAUCAGGUUCAGUGCAUAAUGUCUCACCUGUCUUCUCCGAUAACAUUAGUACUAUAAGCUCUGGGGUCAGUGUCAGCUACCAUAUUUCUGGACACUCUAUCAUGAUUCUUUAUGCAAAUUCUUCAGUGAACCUUGGUGGUCCGUGCUUUAUCAGCCCCUAUCAUUUCCCAUAAGACUUACUCCAAUCUGCAAACAUCAUAUUCUUUGGCGGAUUCAGUCUGACGACCUGUUUCUCGGUAAACUGUUCACCUUUCUGCCCCCAGUUACCAUAGUGACUAUGGACGCUUCCCAACUGGGGUGGGGUGGGCAUUUCUUGGGAAAGAUGGUCUAAGGCACGUGAUCCCUUUUGGAGACCAAGUUGCACAUCAGCAUUAUAGAGAUGAGCAGUCCUUCUAGUGUUGCAAGCAUUUCAAGAUGUUCUCCCUCUGGGGACUAUUGCAAUUCAAAUAGACAACAUGUCAUUAGUCUGGUAUAUCAACAAGCAAGGAGGAAUCCGAUCUUAUCCAUUAUGCAGAGAGGCCAUGAGGGUUUGGGAAUGGGCAAUCACUUCAGACCGCUUCCUUAUUGCAACGCACAUCCUUGGGAAAGCCAACACACUAGCAAACAGGCUCAGCAGAUCCAUUCUGAUGCCUCAUGAGUGGUCUUUCAGUCAUUCAGUAGUGAAUAUGAUCUUCAGCCGCUGGGGCCAGCCUUGCUGUGACCCAUUUGCCUCACCCUUCAACAAGUGCAGCAAGUACUUCGCUCUGAUUCCUCUUCCGGGUGCCACUGCUAUGUGCAGAAAGUAUACACUGCACUGAUACAUUUACAUUUGGCCCUCCGGGUCUCUUGUAUGCCUGCCCUUCUCUUCCUCUUAUUCCAGAGUUCUUACAGAAAGUAAGCAGGCUGAAGAGCUCAUUCAUCAUCAUUGCCACCAUUUGUCCUCACCAGGUAUGGUUCUUCUUCCUACUGUCCCACUUGCGAUAUCUUCCAUGGAUACUGGAGCCCACUUUAGGAUCUCCUCUCUCACCCAUUGAGAAUUCAGUACCCCAAUCUCCAUGUCGUCAAGCUUAACUGCAUAGUUUCUCCACUUCCAGUAAUAGACAGUCCAGGCUUUCUUCCCCAGUUCGAGAUAUUGGCCUCCCAGAAAGCUUCUACCAAGAAAGUUUACAGAGGCAAAUGGAAAAGACUUUGGGCUUCUAACCAGAAUAUUGACCCCUUUUGGGCACUAACUUCGGCCAUUCUUCUUUUUCUAAUAGCUUUUUUUAAAGAAAAUUUUUUUUUUUUUUUUUUUUAACAAUUAAACUUCGGUUGGCAGCAAUUUCAAAUUUCCAUUCUGGAAACAGAUCUUUUUCUCUGGCUUUGUCCAGAUUGUGUAGGGCCUUCGUGAAAGACAUUUUUCUCCUCAGACCACCCAUAAAGGGCCCUUCUCCUCCUCCUUGGGACCUUACUUGUGAUCCUUCACAGUUUAACUCAGAAACCCUUUGAACCGGCAGACAAAUGUAAUCUGAAGUAGCUUUUCUUGGAAAGCUAUCAUCUUAGUAGCUAUUACUUAAGCAAAACAGAAUUCCUGAGCUCCAGGUCCUAUCAGGGAAGCCUCCUUAUAUUGUUUUUCAUAAAGACAGGGUGGCUCUGUGCACUAUAACCCUUCCUUUCUUCCUAAGUUAGCAUCUGAAAAUAACAUCAACUAGUACAUAUAAAUACCAGUCUUCUUUCCAAAUUUUACAAGUAAGGGAGAACACGUGCUUCAUCUCCUUGAUCUGCACAGACAACUAUGUUUUUAUCUUCACAAAACAAAACCGUUCAGGAAGUCUGACCAACUUUUUGUAUCCUUUUCCCCAAAUUGCUUUGGCCAGGUAGCUAAAGUUACUCUAGCCAAGUGGAUUACUGAUUGCAUUUCAUUGGUUUAUGCUAAAAAAGGACUAGAUUUACCACAACCACCUCAAGCUCAUUCUACUCAGUCCAUGGCUACUUCAACUGCCUUUUGGUCAAGGACUUCCAUUGAUGACGUUUGUGCUGCAGCUACUUGGACAAAGACUCGUACCUUUGUUGCACAUUACAAACUGGACAUCAUUUCUAGAAGCAGAGCUUCCUUUGGUUGGACAGUGCUACGGCAGGUCCUUCCAUGAGGGCCUCCUGAAGGUUACAUAGCUGGGGACUCUGUCCCAUUGGUGAGGAAGAAUGAAAAGGAUUUAAUCAAAUUUAUUAGUUAUGUACUCGCCAUAACUUGGCAUCUGUCACCCAUUUUCAUUCUUCACCUUCCCUCCCAUCCUUCCCCCAGCCUUGUCACUCCUGGAAGUACCUGUUAGACUGUAUUGGAACUAUUAAUUUCCUGGUUAGAGCCCUGUCUUUCUUAUGUCUGUGUCUAUCUCUGCUAUAAAAUGGGAGAUUAGGUAUCAAACUCGAUCUGUGGUGUUGGGGAUGCAAUAGAGCAUUAUGGGUGGAGGGAGGAGCUCGAGAGCUGGAUCCGAAGUCUAUUGUAUGUGUAUCCGAGGAUUGGAUCUGAACCCAUUGGUGAAGAAGAAUGAAAAUGGACAACACAGAUGCCAAAUUAUGAGGAGUACAUAACUAAUAAUUUCCAUUGGUCAUUGUCUGUGCCUGUGUUGCAAGAAUUCCAGAAAACAAAUUACAGUAUGAAAACCUGAGAGUCCUCGGAGCUGAGUAACCUUUGUAGUGAUUAAUGUCAUAUUUUUGCCUAGGAUGCUGUUCAGUUACAGAACCCUAUUGCUUGCAUUAGUCCUUUACAGUUUAAGAAUGUACAUUAUCCAGCCCUUUUUUGGGGGUUGGAAGCCUUUUUAAUGUUUCAUCAUUUUCAGCUUUUGUGGCUAAUUUCUUCAUUCAUAAGUGUUUGUAGUCAUCACUGUCCUGAAACUUGAUCUAGGAAAUUGAGUAUUUAUGGAUCUGAAUGUGACACUUCUCAGAGAUUUUUAUCUGCUGCUGCUGCUUUUGAAACAAAACUCUGAACUUAGUCUUCUCCAGAGUAGGAAAACAUCUGAUGCUUCCCUGUGAGCAUUGUUGGUGAUGCAUAAUUCCGCACUGUUGGACACCAUGGUGUUAAUAUGAAGAAAGUGUACCAAUCACCACGGACUGACAGACUAUUUUGAUGAUGAGUUAUGUGCUGGUUUGUGAGUGUGACAGUAUGAAAUUGAUGUUGACUUCACAGGUUAUGACUCUUGCAACAUUAAUGUAAAUCUGCCUGGUGUUUCUGGAGUAACCAGCAUCUUUUAAUUUGCAUCUUUGCAGACAGCAGUUUCCAUUUUGUAGAAAUGUACUGGAUGUAACUCUUUCACUGACUGAUGUUCAGAUUACUUAUUCAUUACUAUUAACUUAAAAGCAAUGUGAUGCACAGAAUUCUUUGAAGUAUAUUACCAGAUACCAAGUGAAAACAUUCUUGCAUCAUGACUUCCCUGGCGUGUGCUCUCCCUUUUACAAAAAUAACGGUUGUCAACACCAAACUUAAAUGAAAACUUUCCUUAGUUAUGUACCUUUAUGUAAACAACAUCAAGGUGUAAAACAAAUCAUUUAUAUGGAUUUUGAUUUUAGAUUAAUUGUAAAAUAAUAAAUACCCAGAGGGUAACAAAUUGUC